AUGAUUGAGGACAUUACGACUCUCCGUGAGGAGCAUGUGUACCGCGCCAAGCUCGCUGAGCAGGCGGAGCGCUAUGACGAGAUGGCUGAGGCCAUGAAGAACUUGGUGGAAAACUGUUUGGAAAGCGGUUCUCCCACCAAGGGCGACGAAUUGACUGUUGAGGAGAGAAACCUUCUCAGCGUCGCUUAUAAGAACGCCGUGGGUGCCCGCCGAGCAAGCUGGCGUAUCAUCUCGUCUGUGGAACAGAAGGAGGCUAACAGAAACCACAUGACCAACAAGGGACUUGCAGCGGACUACCGGCAAAAGGUCGAGAAUGAGCUCAACAAGAUUUGCCAGGAGAUCCUUACCCUGCUGAGCGAUAAGCUGCUUCCACGUACCACUGAUUCCGAGAGUCGCGUGUUUUACUUCAAGAUGAAGGGCGAUUAUUACCGUUAUAUAUCCGAGUUCAGCAAUGAAGAGGGAAAGAAGGCGUCGGCUGAACAGGCAGAGGAGUCUUACAAGAGGGCGACUGAAACUGCAGAGGCAGAACUCCCCUCAACUCAUCCUAUCCGUCUGGGUCUUGCGUUGAACUACUCCGUUUUCUAUUACGAAAUUCUGAAUCAGCCACAGAAGGCCUGUGAAAUGGCCAAGCUGGCAUUCGACGAUGCAAUAACUGAAUUCGACAGCGUAUCUGAGGAUUCAUACAAGGACUCGACUCUGAUCAUGCAGCUGCUGCGUGACAAUCUGACUCUCUGGACCAGCGAUCUGCAAUCUCAGGAACAGCAGCAGCAGCCUGUGGGUGAAACCGCAGAGGCGCCCAAAGUGGAGGCUACGGAGCAGCAGUAG